CAAGAGGCUGGGAGAAAGUUGCUUCGGGACUAUCAUUCUUAUCGCACCCCCUUUUUUUUUUGGUACUCAUCAGAUCCAAUCGAAUGCUCAAGUUUCCCCCAGCCAUCCACACACGUCGUUGUGUGGCUGUCAAAAUGAGGUUUCGGCUCUCUUGCCCAGAUGCAUGUGCAAUCAUUGUGUCUCUUUUUUUCAAUAUUAGUGGGCGAUAUAAUCAUGGAUCCGGAAGGCUUGAUUCUGGAGCUAUUUUUAAAGGUGCAUCCUUUUGGCGUUGGAGAGGUUGUGAUUCGCUCCGUCCGAUGGGUUCGACGGACGAUGCGGUUGGAUGCGUCGCCGGCUCACCACAUUACCUCCAUCCAAUGAGGAAGUAUGGACAAUAUGUCCUCCGUUAAGAUGAACCCCUUUGAUGGGCAAGACCUCGUGCCUCGCUAACGGUCGCUGUCUGCUUCGCGCGAUUCAAUUGGAACAUGCAACCUCCAUCCAUGAGGGGAAGCAUGCGAUUUGAGCGCUGAACCACUCAGCAUCAAUCCCAAGAGCAAUCCAAAGGGAUCGCAAGAAGCAAAAGGAUAUUCCAGCCCUGAAUCUUGCAGCGACCGUGCUGGGAUCAUUACCGAUCCAUGCCUGUUCUGAUGCAGAUUUUCCUGAAAAUUCCCGCUGAAGUAACCCCCCUGACAAGGUUUCUGUCGUGAGAGGAUGCCCCCCGGGGCGGAAGGAAAACAGAAUUUGACUCGGCGUCUUCGGGCAGGAAUAUCUUCAAGUCAGCACGAAAACAGCACCUGUCGCUCGCAUGACAAUAUUUUCCGGUCUGGCCUUGUGAUGGAGGGAGUACUACUCCAUACUCUAUCAACAAAUUCUACAAACUGACCCUCCGACUGAGCAGAUGUAGUACGCGCCGGAUGCUCAGAGAUGUACGGAAUAUGAAGGUACACCCUGACGUCUAAACCUGUAUGCUGGACGCUGGAUAGCCAUCGAUACCCGUUGCUUGAGCGCAAUCAGAUGGGGGGUAUCACCAACCAGGGACCCCGGUUUCGGGGAAGAUUCUGUCAAGAAAGACGAUCGCCACAGAAAUGCAGGCAUACAUAUGAAGUACGGAGUACACUGUAUAACUUUGCAAAUCACCUAAUUAAGCGCUUCAUCUGUC